UGCCGUUGGCGGCGGCGCAGUCGCGGUGCGGGCGGCCGACGGGCGGGCGUUUUGCGGUUUGAAUGGCUGAGGGCCCGGGCCUUCAUCUCAUCUGAGGACCGGCUGCCCAGAAGAGCGCAAUGCCGUCUGGAGGCGACCAGUCGCCGCCGCCCCCACCUGCCCCUCCGGCGGCGGCAGCCUCGGAUGAGGAGGAGGAUGACGACGGCGAGGCGGAGAACGCCGCUCAGCCGGCCGGGUCACCGGCCCCUGAGGUCCAGCAGCGGUUCGACGAGCUGUGCAGCAGUCUCAACAUGGACGAGGCGGCGCGGGCCGAGGCCUGGGAGAGCUACCGGAGCAUGAGCGAGAGCUACACGUUGGAGGGAAAUGAACUUCACUGGUUAGCAUGUGCCUUAUAUGUGGCUUGCAGAAAAUCUGUUCCAACUGUAAGCAAAGGAACAAUUGAAGGAAAUUAUGUAUCUUUAACUAGAAUCCUGCGAUGUUCAGAGCAGAGCCUGAUUGAAUUUUUUAACAAGAUGAAGAAGUGGGAAGACAUGGCAAAUCUACCCCUACAUUUCAGAGAACGUACUGAGAGAUUAGAAAGAAAUUUCACGGUUUCUGCUGUAAUUUUUAAGAAAUAUGAACCCAUUUUUCAGGACAUUUUUAAAUAUCCUCAAGAGGAGCAACCUUGUCAACAAAGAGGAAGAAAACAACGGCGACAGCCCUGUACCGUGUCGGAAAUUUUCCAUUUUUGUUGGGUGCUUUUUAUAUAUGCAAAAGGUAAUUUCCCCAUGAUUAGUGAUGAUUUGGUCAAUUCUUAUCAUCUUCUGCUGUGUGCUUUGGACUUAGUUUAUGGAAAUGCCCUUCAAUGUUCCAAUCGUAAAGAACUUGUGAACCCUAAUUUUAAAGGCCUAUCUGAAGAUUUUCAUGCUAAGGAUUCUAAACCUUCCUUAGACCCACCUUGUGUUAUUGAGAAGCUUUGUUCCUUACAUGAUGGCCUAGUUUUGGAAGCAAAGGGAAUAAAGGAACAUUUCUGGAAACCCUAUAUUAGGAAACUUUAUGAAAAAAAGCUCCUUAAGGGGAAAGAAGAAAAUCUUACUGGGUUUCUAGAACCUGGGAACUUUGGAGAGAGUUUUAAAGCCAUCAAUAAGGCCUAUGAGGAGUAUGUUUUAUCUGUUGGGAAUCUAGAUGAACGGAUAUUUCUUGGAGAUGAUGCUGAGGAGGAAAUUGGGACUCUCUCAAGGUGUCUGAAUACUGGUUCAGGAACAGAGACUGCUGAAAGGGUGCAGAUGAAAAACAUCUUACAGCAGCAUUUUGACAAGUCUAAAGCACUUAGAGUCUCCACACCACUUACUGGUGUGAGGUACAUUAAGGAGAACAGCCCUUGUGUGACCCCGAUUUCUACAGCUACACAUAGUUUGAGUCGUCUUCAUACCAUGCUGACGGGCCUCAGGAAUGCACCAAGUGAGAAAUUGGAGCAGAUCCUCAGGACAUGUUCCAGAGAUCCAACCCAAGCUAUUGCUAGCAGAUUGAAAGAAAUGUAUGAAAUAUAUUGUCAGCAUUCCCAGCCAGAUGAGGAUUUCAGUAACUGUGGUAAAGAAAUUGCCAGCAAACAUUUUCGUUUUGCAGAGAUGCUUUACUAUAAAGUAUUAGAAUCUGUUAUUGAGCAGGAACAAAAAAGACUGGGUGACAUGGAUUUAUCUGGUAUUCUGGAACAAGAUGCAUUCCACAGAUCACUUUUGGCCUGCUGCCUUGAGGUCAUCACUUUUUCUUAUAAGCCUCCUGGGAAUUUUCCAUUUAUUACUGAAAUAUUUGAUGUGCCACUUUAUCAUUUUUAUAAGGUGAUAGAAGUAUUCAUUAGAGCAGAAGAUGGCCUUUGUAGAGAGGUGGUAAAACAUCUUAAUCAGAUUGAAGAACAGAUCUUAGAUCAUUUGGCAUGGAAACCAGAGUCCCCACUCUGGGAUAGAAUUAGAGACAAUGAAAACAGAGUUCCUACAUGUGAAGAGGUCAUGCCACCUCAGAACCUGGAAAGAGCAGAUGAAAUUUGCAUUGCUGGCUCCCCUUUGACUCCCAGAAGGGUGAGUGAAGUUCGUGCUGAUACUGGAGGACUUGGAAAAAGCAUAACAUCUCCAACCACAUUAUAUGAUAGGUACAGCUCCCCAACAGCCAGCACUACCAGAAGGCGGCUAUUUGUUGAGAAUGAUAGCCCCUCCGAUGGAGGGACACCUGGCCGUGUUCCCCCACAGCCCCUAGUCAAUGCUGUCCCUGUGCAGAAUGUAUCUGCGGAGGCUGUUUCUGUCACACCAGUUCCUGGACAGACUUUGGUUACCAUGGCAACAGCCACUGUCACAGCUAACAAUGGACAAACAGUGACCAUUCCUGUACAAGGAAUUGCCAAUGAAAAUGGAGGGAUAACAUUCUUUCCAGUCCAAGUCAAUGUUGGGGGGCAGGCACAAGCUAUGACUGGCUCCAUCCAGCCCCUUAGUGCACAGGCCCUGGCUGGAAGUCUGAGCUCUCAACAGGUGACAGGAACAACUUUGCAAGUCCCUGGUCAAAUGACAAUUCAACAGAUUUCCCCAGGUGGACAACAGCAGAAAGAAGGCCAGCCUUUAAUCACCAGCAAUAUUAGACCCAGGAAGACCAGCUCUUUAUCCCUUUUUUUUAGAAAGGUUUACCACUUAGCAGGUGUUCGCCUUCGGGAUCUUUGUGUUAAACUAGAUAUUUCAGAUGAACUGAGGAAAAAAAUUUGGACCUGCUUUGAAUUCUCUAUAAUUCAGUGUCCUGAACUUAUGAUGGACAGACAUCUGGACCAGUUAUUAAUGUGUGCCAUUUAUGUGAUGGCAAAGGUAUAUAGAAAUGUUUUGAUAAAAGGGAAAAGAAAACGAAGAAAUUCUGGCAGCAGUGAUAGCAGAAGUCAUCAGAAUUCUCCAACAGAACUAAACAAAGAUAGAACCAGUAGAGACUCCAGUCCUGUCAUGAGGUCAAGCAGCACCUUACCAGUUCCACAACCUAGCAGUGCCCCUCCUACACCUACUCGACUCACAGGUGCCAACAGUGACAUGGAAGAAGAGGAGAGGGGAGACCUCAUUCAGUUCUACAACAACAUCUACAUAAAACAAAUCAAAACAUUUGCCAUGAAGUACUCACAGGCAAACAUAAUGGAUGCUCCUCCACUCUCUCCCUAUCCAUUUGUAAGAACAGGCUCCCCUCGCCGAAUACAGUUGUCUCAAAAUCAUCCCAUCUAUGUUUCCCCACAUAAAAAUGAAACAAUGCUUUCUCCUCGAGAAAAGAUUUUCUACUACUUCAGCAACAGUCCUUCAAAGAGACUGAGAGAAAUUAACAGUAUGAUACAGACAGGAGAAACUCCAACUAAAAAGAGAGGGAUUCUUUUGGAAGACGGAAGUGAAUCACCUGCAAAAAGAAUUUGCCCAGAAAAUCAUUCUGCCUUAUUACGCCGUCUCCAGGAUGUAGCUAAUGACCGAGGUUCCCACUGAGGUUAGUCUUUUGUAUUGAAACUGUCUUUUCACAAAUGAUUUAGCAGCAUCAUUUAGUAGUGCGUGCUAGAUUAUGGAGCUCUUUUCCUUAAUCCAGUCAAUCCAUUAUGCUGUUAGUAGUAACACGAAGGGACAUUUUUGUGAGAAACUGGACUUACUCCAUCCAGUUAUCAGGAUAUUUUUAUUCAUCCCAGUUGCCUUUUUAAGUACCAUUCAGUGCUUAUCAUCAAGGCUGCUAAGAAACCAAACUUGGAUUUUUAACUCUUUGGCAUAGCUUUUACAAGUAUUGCAGAGAACACAGUGUACUCAAUAUGAGUAUAAGAGAUCGCUGUUGACAUGCUCUAACAGUGGAACUAUUUCAAAUUCAUUCCUACCUGUUUUUGGUCAGCUCUAGUUCCUGCAAAAAGCAAAACAAAAAUUAGGCAUUUUGUCCUAAAACACUUGGUAGGAGUGUGAGAUUUUUACAUUCCUGAAACAGAACAAAGGGGAGCGCCCCAAUUCAGAGGUCCUACGUCAUUAGCCCAUGUCUCCUGGUUCCCUUUGUGCACUUCUUCCCUUUCCCUAUUAGAUGUAUUGCAGUGUGAAAAGUGCUUGAUCAUUCGGUUGUGCAAUGUUUGAGUGAAUCUGUACAAAAGUGGUGGCACUUUAGGGCUGUAAAAUGCAUGAUUUUGUAACCCAGACUUUGCUGUAUAUUUGUGAUAGCACUUUCUACAAUGUGAACUUUAUUAAGUACAAAACUUCUAGGCUAAACAUCCAAUAUUUUAAUGCUUUUGUACUUUUUAAAAACUUUUAAAGCGGCAGUAGCCACCUUUUGGGCAUAUGUUUUAAAUUCUCCAGUUUUUUUUUUGUUGUUGUUAUAUAGGGAUCAGUAAAGAUACUGGCUAAGUAACGAUUUUAAAUCAAGUUGAAUUGAGGGAAUUAAUAUGAAAAAAUUAUGACCUCUUCCUUUAUUUAGGAAGUAGUUAUCCAAAAGACAUGUCUAUUAAGGUGAUAUCUUUUAAAAUAUUUUGGGAUUUGUCCUGGCAGUUUAAAAAAACAGGUUGGAGAAUUUAGGUUUUUAUUAGUACAUAGUACCAUUUAUACAAAUUAGAAAAUGUUAUUUAACAGCUAUUGAAUUAUCCACAUAUACCUUUAUUAAUCACUAUUGCGCUGGCAGUUUUAAAGUUGAAUUAAUAAUCUUACUAGGGAGAAAAUUCAAUUGUAAAUUGAAUCAGUAUAAACAAAGUUACUAGGUAACUUCAUAUUGCUUUGAAAGAAAUAUGGAACUUACACUGUUCAAUUAGAAUAGUGUUCUGCAAAAAUAUUUAUGACUUCAAGAUCCUACUACUGUAAUUUUAUAUGAAGACAAGUGUAUUUUUCAA